GUCGACUAUAUGAAUAUCGAUGCGAGGAGCGUUUCGUCACGCCUCGAUCGAAAUAUCCGUCUAGACGUUUUGCAAUCGCAUCGAGGGAUUUGCGAAGAUUCGACGUGACGACAGUCGCUCCGGGGACGUCAAAGCGAUAAUCUCGCUUUUUAUGCUCCUUCGAUUAGCUUCCGGCGAUGUUGAAAUAAUAUAUUGGAGUGAAAGUAGUUUUUUUUGAUUUUUCCUUUUCGCCAGAUUUUUCUUCCGAGUUUUUCAUUCUUCCUGAUAUUCGGUAUCACGAUCCUGGGCUUGAGUUUCGUUUCGAUUUAAAUGGCGAACGAAUAUUCACUGGUUUAACAUCGAGCCGUUCUUCUGGUUUUUUCUUCUCGAACUAUGAGAGUUAGACUCGAUUCUACAACGUCCAAUCCCGAUAUUACUCUGCCGCGUCCGGUGUCGAGGCAAAAGAUUUACAAAAGUCGUUUCGGACAGGCCUCCUCCGGAUCGCCGUCCUGUUCUUCCAGCUGCUUUAACUGCCGUAUCGACGAGGAAGAGGGCGAAGAUAACGAGAUGGUUAAGGGCGGCCCUUCCGAAGCUUUGGACGCUCACGCAGCAACGUCAAAGUCACAGAGCAACGGGAACAAUUGGUUUCCGGACAGAGACGAGUACGACAGUGAUAAAGACGAAGACGAGGAAGCUGCGGAUGAGGCCGUCGUUAAUGAAAUCGGGCCGCAGUUGCCGGGGCUUUACGACGCUGGCUAUCAUCACGACGAUAAUUUACCGGAUUCCGGGAUAAUCGUCACGGUCAUUUCGCCUUCCGACGACGAUCUCUCGACGGCUCCCAGCGAAGGUGCUGCGGCGAGCAGCGACAACGAGCUUCUGAUCGAGCUCCGAGUCCGCGAGUAUCAGAUUAAUUUUGAUGGAUUUGCUGAGAUAAAUCGUUUUUCGACGAUCGACGAGAUGCACGAGUUCAUCGUAAACAAUACAGAGCCCUCGACAAAUAACGAGACAACGAGCACGAAACAGGCAAAAUAUUUAGAGAUUUUACUGAACGAACGCGAGGAAGACCGUUUCAGACGCUUAGUGGAAAUUAGCAAGGGGACCGUCCGUCGCGUGCUCGUGAGAAACGAGCAUAUUUUGGAAAAGUUAUUCGCUACUGCGAGCCUCAACAAAUUCCCGAGUCCCCUGAAGAUAAACACGAACGAUGAAGUCGAGGAGGAAGAAGAGGAGGAAAACGUGAUCGAAAAGGAGGAAAAAAUGAUUCACGACAUCGAAGAAAACAUGAAGAGAUGGUACAUGAUCGAAAUGAUCGGAGUUUGGUUAAAAUUCGUCACCGACGUCAAGAGCUAUCGCGAGGCUAUAAAGAAAAGUGUAUUAAAGGCCAACUGUGGCAUAGAAAACGAUCGAUACGAAGGUAUCGUCGUACCCUUGAAAUACAAAUAAAUCCCUCGCUCGAUGAGCAACGAAACAAAACACACGCGCACCGCCGGGCUCUCGUCCAAGAUUAAAAAAUGUCUUCCUCGAAAAACAAAACAAUUCGUUUCGUUAUACGACUUUCAACUUGUCGUGGCAAUGACAGUCCUUGACUCUCGGUCAUUCGAGAUCGUUCGAGAUGUUGUUUUUGUUGUGCCAAAAAUAAAAAAAGAAAAUACAUGACAAGAA